GCGCUGGCAGAGGUGGUUGCCCAAAACGUUUUUGUAGGCUCGUGGCGGUGGUGGUCGGUUGAGGCAAUUUGAAUUGGUGCUCGCGGCAGCUCGCGGGGCUCGCGGUUUGAGGUGCGCUGCUGAGCCGGGCCGUUGAACAGUCAAACGGACUGCGCCGUUCUUUCACGAUGGCCUCUGCCAUCCCUACCAGGACGGUCCCAACCGUUACCAAGGACCUCCCGGAGAUCGUGGUCGACAAGAAAGGCAAGAAGGAGUAUGUCCGCGGCAAAUUCCUUGGGAAGGGUGGCUUUGCCAAAUGCUACGAACUCACCGACAAGGCAACCAACACCAUUUAUGCAGGCAAAGUGGUCUCCAAGGCACUACUUGUCAAGUCCCACCAGAAAGAAAAGAUGGCCCAGGAAAUCCAGAUCCACAGGAGCCUGAAUCACAAACACAUUGUGGGCUUUCAUAGCUACUUUGAAGAUGAUAAGAAUGUGUACAUAGUCCUGGAACUUUGCAGCAGGCGGUCUCUCAUGGAAAUGCACAGACGUCGCAAGAUGCUGACCGAGGCAGAGGCACGCUACUUCCUUCACCAGAUUCUCCUUGCCUGCCGCUACCUCGUACAGCAGAAAGUCAUACACAGAGACCUCAAGCUUGGAAACCUGUUGCUCAAUGACUGCAUGGAGCUAAAGGUCGGUGACUUCGGGCUUGCCACCCGUGUGGACUUUGACGGCGAGAGAAAGAAGACACUCUGCGGCACACCAAACUACAUAGCCCCAGAAAUACUAGCAAAGAAAGGACACAGCUUUGAAGUUGACAUCUGGUCCAUCGGAUGUAUCUUAUCUCAACGAACGCCUCAUCGCACUCAAUCUCAGCGGCAACCAAACCAUCCAUUUUGGCUUUCAACUCCUGAAGACGAUUCUCUUGUUUUUCACCUGCCUGAAAAGCAAGCUUCAAAUCGGCCAAAGUUUACCCUUAUUGUGGGGCAUCCACCAUUUGAGACCCCUACACUGAAGGAGACAUACAUCCGCAUCAAGAAAAAUGAGUAUCAUGUGCCUUCAACUGUGAGCUCUCCCGCCCGUAACCUCAUCCGGCGCAUGCUGCAGCAAGACCCAGAGAGAAGGCCCAACAUCGAAGCCAUCAUGCAAGAUGAGUUCAUGACGUGUGGGCCCCUGCCAUCACGCCUCCCGACAUCUUGUCUAACCACGGAGCCCCGCUUUGACACGCUCAAUGCCACCCUGAGUGUGAAUGGCCGCAGACCUCUGCUGGAACGAAAUGAAGGCCGUGAACUGGAGGCAAAGGUCACUCCAAUCAGAAACCAUCCAGACAAGGAAGCGAAGCCAGUACAGUGCCUCAAGCCACAGCUACCAGCUGCACCGGCAGGUGCCCAGAAGGCGGCAGCCGACAGCCCAGCACGCAAGGGUGCUCCCCAAGAGGCACAUCUCACCGAGCUCCAGCGCCUCCUACGUCGUCUGUGCAAUGCUCGGCCACCCGAGCUGCGCUUCGAGCGCCCUGAUGAGGCAGAGGACCCAGCCUCAGUGCCAGUGUUCUGGGUGAGCAAGUGGGUGGAUUACACCGACAAGUAUGGACUAGGCUAUCAGCUCUGCGACAACAGCAUUGGAGUGGUCUUCAAUGACAACACCCGGAUCAUCCUGCUCAACAACAACUUGAGCGUGACGUACGUCGACGAGAACAGCAUUGAGCAUUACCACACUGUGGAAGAGUUCCCGCCGUCACUGGAAAAAAAAAUGACCCUUUUGAAGUACUUCUGUACCUACAUGAAGCAAUACCUGCUCAUGACGGGUGAGGAUGUGAGCCCCCGGGAAUGCGACAACCUCGUCAGGCUACCCUGCCUUGGAACGUGGUUGCGCACCCGUUCAGCUAUAUCGUUCUAUCUCACCAAUGGAACAGUUCAGAUCAACUUUUUCCAGGACCAUACCAAGUUGAUCCUGUGCCCGCUCAUGUCAGCAGUGUCGUACAUUGACAAUAACAGGGUUUUCCACACAUACCGGCUAGAGACACUCCAUAAAGGAUGCCCACCAGAUCUGUUCUCCCGUCUCAAGUACGCACGGACCAUCCUAGACAGACUGGCCAGUACACCAUCCUAGUCCAACCACUGCCCAGCUGCUACCCCUUCGGCAUGUGUUCCCGCCACGUUGCGAUCUCUUCAGAGCUUCAGGGGUGCCCUUUCUUUGUCAAUGAAAAAAAAGUCUUAACUUGCCAACAAAACUUGUACAUAAUUGUUUUUCUUCAUUUUUACUGCACAUAGCUUUUAUUAUUUAGCAUAUCACUCUUUUACCAUUGGCUGUUUCCCACAUGUUCCAUUAUUUUAGUUGCUGAUGACAAUAAGCUGCAAAUAAUUUUCAGCUGCACAUUGUGUGCACUCCUCUUCCCCCAUUCCCUUUCUUUUUCUUUUUUUCUCCAUGCUUUCUAUGUGCAAGGCUUGAUGUGUACUAUUGCAAUAGCAAUCAGGCAUGUCUGGCUUUUUUUUUUUAUGCCAGUAAAUUCAGGUUUAUUAGUGGUCUCUGCAGACUGAUCCAUAUUUGACCUUUGUCCUUGUAUUGUUACGGUAGUGUUUUCAGUGUUGCUAAUGUCUCCUAUAGCUGUCUGCAUACAUUUUUGCUAGAGACCAAGAUCUCGUAUUGUUGCCUUGAAGUCUAUGCAGCACAGAUUUAGCAAUGAUUUAUUUAUUGUGUCCAGCAUUGUGUCUGCUGACACAAUGCUUUUGUCAAGAGGUUAGUCUUCAGUGGCGAAUUAUUUGUGCAAUGUAACAGUGUGUCCCGUCUAUUUCAUGUUGUGUAUCUUCCAUGUUACAUUGUGCUGUACGCUGAAACAUGACUGGCCAUAUGGAGACUUAUAUACAUUUUGCUGCCUGACAAUGUGGCCUUUCUGCAGAAAUUUUAUUUUUGCAGUCCACAAAUUGCUCGAGAUGCUGUCGUGCAUGUAGGGUUCUAUUGCCUUGCUGAAUGAAGGACUGAAAAUUGGAGCUGAAAUAAAAGUGAUCGCUAUUUUCAGCUGAUACCCUAA